AUGGCUGCCAAUUAUAAGAAAUACCUUGCCGAGAAGGUUCUUAAUGAACAGGAGAUUGUCACCCAUCGUGCACUGAGUAGAGCUUUAAAAGUCCAUUCCAACUUAGCCAAACGGAUGCUCUAUGAGUUCCAUCGCCUUGAGAACUCUAAAAAACCGCAAAGUGUCAAUGCUACUUAUCUCAUCUCCGGCACCCCGGCGCUUGCGCAACGACAUGCGCUCAACGGGUGCGCGAAGGAUGGCGAUGAUGAGAUUAUGCAAAGUAGCCCCUUCACGAGCAGUCAGGCCGCACGGCAAGAAGACGGCGACGGGAACGACGAUAUCCCAACAACUUCAAUCACGUUAGUGCGCGAGGAAGACUUACUUGAAGCAAAGAGCCGGUAUCAAACAGUAUUUUCAAUUUUUAUAUAUAGCGUCGAGCCUACUCGCCUCCAAGAUUUGAAUGUCCUAGGCGAUAUUGGACAUGAUAUAAUGCAGCAUCAGCCAAACGAUCCUCUCGAGUACGGUAAACAAUACGGCAUGAUCCUCAAUAGAAACGUCAAGCGGCGAUCGGGACUCCCUCCAGCUCCUCCAGCUCCUGAUCCCGUUGAAACCGUCAAAAAACAAAAAGUGGAAAAGGCAAAUGAAGCACCCAUCACCACCAAACCAGAGGAACCUACUCAGCCACAAGCUAAAACCCAGACUCCUCAAGCGUCAUCUGCCGCGUCCUCACGUCCUUCCAGCGGUGGCAAUAAUAAGGGAGGAACUAGCGAUAAACCAAGCUCACUAAAACGAGACAGCUCGAAUAUAUUCAAGGCUUUUGCCAAGGUGAAGCCCAAAGUCAAGAAGGAUGAUGUCCUUGAAAGACCGAGUGGUCGUGAAGUGGAAUCCGCAGAACACAGUGGGCCUGAAGAUGUUGUUCUCGAUGAUGCAUCGGAAGAAGAGCGAGAAGACCUAUUCCUUGAUACGGGGACAAGAAGAAGCAACUCGAAACGCGAGUCAAGGAAGGAGAGAGAAGAGAAGCUUCGGAAAAUGAUGGAAGAUGAAGAUAUGGAAGAUGUGCCAGAAGAUGUGCCAGAACUGCCGCCCGCGAGAGCACCAGAACGUACAGACACCUCGCAAUCCGAAGAAGUACCGAAGGCUGAAUCUAAAGAGGAAGCAAGGGCUCCAAAGGGCCGAAGGAGAGGGAGACGACAAGUGAUGAAAAAGACAACGAUAAAAGAUGCAGAAGGAUAUCUCGUCACGAAAGAAGAACCUGUCUGGGAAUCGUUUUCCGAGGACGAAGCGCCACCACCUGUGAAAAGAAAACUGGCUGUUUCAGUGAACUCAAAGUCUACUUCUAGUAACAAGGGAAGCCAGAAGAUGGGCCAGGGCAACAUUAUGUCGUUCUUUGGGAAAAGAUGA